AUGGAGUUAUGGAUGAGAUGGUUCCUUCUCUUUUUACUUUUUCAUUUUUCAUCCUCUCAUUCCUUAUGCCACCCUUAUGACGCCUUUCUCUUGCAUCACUUCAAUAACUCUUUUACUAUUAUUACUGAUGAUGAUUGUUAUCUUCCAAAGACACCAACAUGGAAAAAUGGAACAGAUUGUUGCUCUUGGGAUGGAGUCACCUGCCACCCCAUCUCCGGUCAUGUGAUCGGUCUCGACCUUGCCUGCAGUGGCCUUUCUGGCCAAAUCCAUCCAAACAGUACACUUUUCCUUCUUUCUCAUCUCCAAUCACUCAACCUUGCUUUCAACUCUCUUGUGGAUUCAAUCCCAUCCUCACUCCUAACCCUUCCACGUCUCUCUUUUCUCAAUCUCCAUCAUAACUAUCUCAGUGGUCAAAUCCCAAAUGUCUUUCCUCAGUCAAACAAAUUUAAAGAAUUGGAUUUCAGUGUUAACAAUUUAGGAGGUGAGCUGCCAUCAACACUUUCAAAUCUUCAACAUCUCACUCUCUUGGAUCUUUCGAGAAAUAAAUUCAGUGGUCAAAUCCCGGACGUGUUUGUCGGGCUAACCAAAUUGACAACUCUUUUUUUUUCGGAAAACAAUUUUGAAGGAAAAAUCCCAUCUUCAUUGUUCGACUUAACUCAACUUUCUAUACUGGAAAUUUCUUUUAAUAAAUUCCAGGGUCCUUUGCCCAACAAUAUAACAGGGUUUUCAAAUCUACUUAGCUUAUCAUUUAAUAACAACUUGCUGAAUGGGAUAAUUCCUUCAUGGUGUUUAUCUUUGCCGUCUUUGAUGAAUUUAGAUUUGUCAAGAAAUAAGUUCACAGGGAUUCUAAGUGCAAACUCAUCAUAUUCCUUAGAGAUUAUAGAUUUGUCCUGCAACAAGCUACAAGGUAAUAUUCCAGAAACAAUUUUCAACCUUGUAAAUCUUACAAUCUUAGAUAUAUCAUCAAACAACUUAAGUGGAUAUGUUCACUUUCCACUUUUCUGUAAGCUUCAAAAUUUGGUAACACUUUACCUUUUCCAAAAUGAUCAGUUAUCCCUAAAUUUUGACUCCAAUGUCAACUGUACUUUUUCCUCAUUAGAGAUGUUGGACUUAUCUUCUACGAGUUUAACUGAAUUUCCAAAGUUAUCAGGAAAAGUACCAAUGUUAGAACUUCUCUUUCUAUCCAAUAACAAAAUUAAAGGAAGAAUUCCCAAUUGGUUUAGCUCAUUAUAUUCAUUGGACCUCUCUCACAACCAAUUAGAGCAAUCACUGGACCAAUUUUCAUGGAUCCAACAACUUAAUUUUCUUGAUUUUAGUUUUAACAAAAUCACUGGUGGCAUCUCUUCCUCAAUUUGCAAUGCAAGUUCAAUUGAGUAUCUCAACUUGUCACACAACAAGUUGACGGGCAUCAUUCCACAAUGCCUGUCUAACUCAUCCCUUCGAGUUUUGGAUCUACAACAAAACAAACUUCGUGGCACUUUGCCAAGUAGCUUUUCAAAGAACUGCCGGCUCCGUAUUCUUAAUCUCAAUGACAACCAAUUAAAAGGUUCUUUGCCAGAAUCUAUGUCCAAUUGCUUUACUCUGGAGGAUUUAGAUCUUGCCAACAAUCAAUUAGAAGGUACCUUUCCUCAUUGUCUUCAAGGUCUAUCAAAUUUAAGAGUAUUGGUUUUGCGAGCCAAUAAGUUUCAUGGCCCCAUUGAAAAUUUAAAGACCAAACAUGGACUUGCCAAUUUAGUUAUACUUGAUAUCUCUUCCAACAACUUCAGCGGCCCAAUACCAAAGGUCUACAUAAGAAAGUUUGAAGCCAUGAAGACUGUUGUUCAAGUUGAAAUUGAGGAAUACAUCAGAAGUGAUUUAUUUUAUGAUUCUUUGACAGUAACAACAAAAUCAAUCGUUAUUACAAUGGAGAAAAUUCGGACAGACUUUGUAACAAUUGAUUUAUCAAAAAACAGAUUUGAAGGAGAGGUUCCAAACGUGAUUGGAGAACUUCAUGCUCUUAGAGCGCUCAACCUUUCUCAUAACAUACUUAGUGGUCCUAUUCCCCAAUCCCUGGGAAAUUUGACGAACUUAGAAUCGCUAGAUCUGUCCUCAAAUAUGCUUACUGGUAUGAUUCCUACAGAACUAACCAAUUUGAACUUUCUGGAAGUUCUGAAUCUUUCCAAUAAUCAUAUUGUGGGAGCAAUACCUCAAGGAAAACAAUUCAAUACAUUUUCCAACGAUUCCUACAAGGGAAACUCUGGGUUAUGUGGGUUUCCAUUGUCAAAAAAAUGCAGCAAGGACAUUGAACAACAUUCUCCACCUUCAGUGCCCUUUAAGAGAGAGCAUGGAUAUGGAUUUGGAUGGAAACCGGUUGCUAUAGGAUAUGGAUGUGGAAUGAUAUUUGGAAUGGGAAUGGGAUGUUGUGUCUUAUUAAUAGGAAAGCCUCAAUGGCUUGUGAGAAUGGUUGCAUGA